AUGAAUCAAACAACCUCCGGAAAUCAAACUUACGGAGAUGACGAUGUUUUUUUGAGCGUUGCCGAGAUUAUACUGAUCAUGGCAGAUAUUUCUCUUAUCAUAAUCAUAGCAGUGGGAAAUUCCUUAACGGUGGUCGCUGUGGCUCGUUACAGGAGACUCCAGAGUACCAACAACGUCAUGAUUGCGGCUCUGGCCAUAGGAGAUCUCAUCAUGGGGCUCGUGUACACACCGACGAAAAUUAUGUACAGCACAUGGCCGGACCUGUUCGCCUCCAGGGUACCGUGCAUCUCGUACAUCUUCAACACGCAUUUCUCGUCGUUCUGCGCCGUCUUUGGUAUAUCGAUGCUGUCUAUAGAGCGGGGAUACGCGGUCAGUUUCCCGUACCACUACCAUUCCGUCAUGACGAUUCGGCGAUCCGUCGUCUUGAGUUUGUGCGCAUUUGCGGUUAUCAUCUGUCUCAAUCUCCCAAUGUUGGUUGGAUUUGAUCAUUACAGUGGCCAAGACUGUUACGCGCCAGCCAUUUUCCCAAAUGCCUACUUAAGGACUCUCAUUGCCGUUGGUGUAACAGUUUUAAUCCUGGGGUUCGUGGCAUUUGUGCGAGUAUUGGUGGCAGAAUUUCGGCGCCAAAAGUUUUCAAACAUUUUGAGCGGACAGCAGUUGAAGCAGCAGAUUUCGUCCGUGAGGUGCAGACUGAUGUGCGCCGUGUACGUGAGCUCGCUCGUGUUCUGGCUUCCUCACCUGACGUACUACUUCUACAACACGUUCACGAAGCAGACGAGAAAUGUGUUUGUCUUCAGGAUCCUGUCCAUAUCCGACCUGUGCAGCUCUGCGGUAAACUUCUUCAUAUACGGUUUUAAGAACAGUAACUUUAGAUCGGCCUACAAACGACUGUUGGGCCUCGCCAAGAAAACGUCAGCGGUGACAAAUCUUGAAUUCUCGACCACGGAAAGGCAGUUAGAAGUUGAAGGUGAUAAAGUCUACACUUUGAAGCCGACUUGUACUUAUUCAUCUCGACAUUUACCAGUACCUUCGAGUUAA